UUUUUUGAUUAUUUAUCCACAUAUUAUAAUUCUGAUUUUUUUAUGUUUUCAACAUAAAAAAAAUGUGUGUUUAAGUAACCGAAAUCAUUUAGAUUCAUUGGACAGAAUUUCAGAAAGUCAAUUUUACAGCUGAAGACAUGGGUAUUAUAGUAGCCAGUGUCUACAACAUACUUUCGGAACAAAACGGACUUAAACUAAGCCAGUUGACGUUUACAAAAAGAAAAAAACCUGUUUUUGAACCAAAUUCGAUUUGAUGAAGAAUAAUACAUUAAUUUUUAUAUCCAAAAUAGGCCUUUCCCCGUUGUCGCCAUAGGCGACGUCUAAUCUAGGGCGAAUCAACUUACAAUUCGAUAACAAAAAAAUAUGCCAAGUUAUAUAGAUGAGAAUUAUGACAGAUAAUGUGAAAACCUUGAUAUCCAUUAAGUUUGUUUUAAGUUGGAAAACAAACAAAAAUAUAGCGUUAAAAAGAAAACAUUUAUGAAGUAAGGUUGAACGAUAAUGAGGAGCCGACAAUUUAUAUAUAUCUUAGAUCAACGUCGUGCGCACUCUCUUCGAGAGUGUUUUUAUCUAAACCUGGAAUAUAUAUCAUGUAGUUCAUAAUGGGAAGUAAAAGACUUGCAUAAUUUCUUUUUUACAUUAUAGUCAAUUAUACUUCUAUUAGUAUACAAUGGUUUGAGCGCAAAAUAGGAUUUUUUAAUUAACCAAUAUUUUUUAUGUUAUUAACUAUUUGUAACUGGAUCCCCCCACAAAUAGUUAUAAAUUAUCCAAGAAAAAUGUUUUCUUAUUUUUUGAAGGGAAACAACUUACAGAACACUUACGAGGAUUUAAUUUUAAAUUGUCGCUUGACGAGAAUGUUGAAACAUUUGACAAAUCUUUGUUAAUUCUAGUAAAAUCCCCCAAUAGGUAGCCGUCCGCAAGCCCUGAAAACUAUUUGCAAUAUUUAGCAAUCUUAUACAUGUCUGUUAUGCACAGGGUCCAGCAAAAUGAUCUCCCACAUUUUGCGCCGCCACUGAGCCCGAAUCACUAAAGAGGCAGCCAGCUCAGCGUAGUCGGUUGGCUGCGCGCGCCUUGCCAUUUCUGUUGUCGCCAUGAACUGGACGGGCGAGCAUCGUGCCUUCGUUAUCGAAACAUUUUUCAAAAGUAACGAAUCUGUGAUUACGACACAAAGAAAUUUUCGUACUCAUUUCGCGCUUGGUAGACAUGAUCCAGUUCCAGAUCGCAAAACAACACUCUUGUGGGUUUUAAAUUUUAGAGCUACAGGUUCAGCCUUAAAAAGAAAAUUAACUGGUAGACCCAGAAGUGUUCAGACACCUGAAAACAUUGCAGCUGUAAGAGAAGCAGUUGAACGAUCUCCUAGACGCUCAGCUAUUAAACAUGCCUCUGCUUUGCGUUUGUCAGAUCGUUCUGUGAGAAGAAUUUUGCACAUCGAUCUGAAGUUCCACCGAUACAAAAUGAUGAUCGUGCAAGAACUUAGUGAACGGGACUGGGAAAAUCGCCGAGAAUGUUCCAAUGAUAUUCUUCAAAACGUCCCACAAAAUGCGCUUUUAAUAACGAGUGACGAGGCUCAUUUCCAUUUGUCUGGCUGUGUGAACAAGCAGAAUUUUCGCUAGUGGGCACCAGAAAAUCCGCGGCAGCUCCAUGAAAGGCCACUUCACAGCCAACGUGUUACCGUUUGGUGUGCUGUUGGUUCUUUUGGUGUUUGGGGUCCCUAUUUUUUUGAAGAAGGAGGGGUAACGGUUACCGUAACUGCUGAUCGAUAUGUCGACAUAUUACGUAUAUUUUUGGAACCAAAACUUAGGGAACUUGAACAUCCGGAUGUGUGGUUUCAACAGGAUGGGGCUACAGCUCAUACGGCAAGAAGGACAAUGGACCUGUUAAGGGAAAUGUUUCCAGGACGCGUAAUCUCGUUACGUGGAGACGUUGGGUGACCUGCGCGUUCACCCGAUCUUGCCCUAUGCGACUUUUUCCUUUAGGGGCUACCUGAAAGAGAAGAUUUGUCAACAUCAUCCCCGAACCAUUGACGAAUUGAAAGCAGCAAUACGCCAAGAAAUUACAGGAAUAUCGCCUCAAAUUUCUGCUCGAGUAAUGGAAACUUUCAGAAAUCAGCUUCGAAUGUGUGUUAAAAGAAAUAGUCGCCACUUAGACACUGUAAUUUUCAAAACUUAAU